UUACACUCUGGCCCGCCUCUGCCUUCCAUGACAAUGGGGUUUCCUCUCCUCAUCGGACAGUUCCGUCGGCGCCGCCGAGCUCGCACCGCCACGGCGAGGCUGACCACUGCUCGAUAUCCUAACUCCAACCCAGCCAACUCCCGCGCGUAGACCCUAAUUCAAAGGCAACCUAAUCCCUCGCCAUGGAGGAUUCCCUCGUGCCGCCGGUGCCUCCUGCCCCAACCACCCUUUUCCUCACUCGCCGGCGAUCACAUCUCGACAGCGCCUCCUACCGCACGCUCUCCCGGCUCUUCUCCCACUGCCUCCACCACCGCCCCUCGCAGCUCGCUGCCCCGGCGCCCCUGGAAGUCGAGCCCGCCGCUGCGAACCCUAUCUGCGACGAGUCACCACAGGGGUGCUCGGUACCGCCUGAAGACGCCGAGUCUGAACGGGGAAAGGACUUAGGAGAAGAGGAGACUGCGGUAAGGACUUCUGUCAUCGAGAACCCCUCACCCGCGGCAGUCGAUGCAGCCACCGGUAACCCUAUUGCAGACCCGGCUGUGGCACCACAGAGAUACAUGGAGCAUCAAGUGGCCGGAGUUCAGCGGGUGGAGGGCGUAACAGAUAUGGUUGUUGGGGGGAACCUCUGCCGUGAGACUGUUGCGUUAGUGGAGGAGUUGGGGGCAGAGGAUGUUUUGAGGUCGAUGAAGGAUUGUUUGGAGGGGGAGGUUGACGAAUUGGCAGAGCCAGAUGUAAUGGUGGUCAAUGAUGAUGAACAUCUGCUGCUUGAUACGAUGAUGACCAACUUCUCAGGGUUGAUUGCUGAUGCCAGUGGCGGCAAAGCAUCAAUGCUGAACUAUGGGGUUUCUGGAGGUGAACCACACAAUGAUGGCAACAUAGCUGAGGGGGUGAAAGAAUUGGGAGCUGGAACUGAAGAAGACAGACCUGUGGGUGAUUCAGAUCAGCACUCAGUUGAUGGUGGCGUGGUUGAGGAAGGAGAGAUUGAGGGUGACAUGCAGGCUCUGGAUGUAGAUGAAUCUGAUGAUUCGGAGAUCGAAGAUGCAGAUGAUGAGGAAUUGGGAGAGGAUUUUGCUAACAGAGUGUUGGGGGAGAAUGAAUCAUCUGGCCUUUCAACGCCUAAAAUUAAAGGAACCAGUGAUCUUGUACUGAACAAGGAAGGUUAUAUCAAGGAUGAUGCACUAAAGCAUGUUACCAGGGCACAUGUUGUCAGUUAUGAUGAAAUUGUGGAAUGGAAUGAGACACCACUGCCUGAUACUGAGGCUCCCAAACCAGGGAAGAGAAAACGGCAUUUGACAGAGGAAAGAAAGGCUAAGAAGACGAAAAACAAACGGGUUAAAAGAGCACAGCAGCGGAUAGCGGAUGGUGUGAAAAGACUGAAACUUGCACCAGUUAUAAAGCCGAAACCAGUGAAGUUAUGCCACUUCUACAUGCAUGGGAAGUGCCAGCAGGGCAAUGCUUGCAAGUUCUCACAUGAUACUACACCUUUGACAAAAUCUAAGCCCUGCACACAUUUUGCGCGUGGUUCUUGUUUGAAAGGAGAUGAUUGUCCCUAUGAUCAUGAGUUGUCAAAGUACCCUUGCCACAACUUUGUGGAAAAUGGAAUGUGCUUCAGAGGUGAUAAAUGCAAAUUUUCUCAUGUGGUGCCAACUGCAGAUGGUCCUCCCAAACCAGAUGCAAAGAAAUCUGAUGCGUCAUUGGUAUCUGAAAAACCUGGCAGAGAGCAAACAAGUAGCCAGAAAGCACCGGCGGACCAUGAUGGCGAACACAUAACUUCUGCUCCUACCAAACAUUACUCCAUUCUUAAAAACCUUGCCGGCAUCUCAGUAAAUGCUCUAAAAGCAUCAACCGGUACACCAAAGGGUGUACAGUUUCGUCCUUCCAGUAAAGACAGAUCAAAUUCUAGCAUGCUGCAUCAGGAUGCUCUACCUAUCGAGAAGCAUAUGUAUACAAAUGGCAGUAAACAUCAGAAUUUUGAUGGACCGCAGGCUGCAGAAGGGGAUAAAAAUGCCAUUCCAAAUAAACAGAGAUCACAUCCAAGUUCAGACCCAAAGAGAACUAGUUUGCCUACUGGCUCUACUACAGUGCUUGGAUCACUCAGCACUCAGCACGAAGUUUCAGAGGCUUCAAGAAUUUUGCAGGAAUUCUUAUUUGGUGCUGGCGGUUAGAGGAAAAUAUGAAUACACUACUCUGCCUUUGAUACCUGUAGACUACACAUAGUACUAGUUCUUUUUACAUCUGCAGUAUGAGUUCAUGCUAUGAGUGUGCGGCUUGUUUUGGUACUUUUGGCUCAGCUUCCAUUUUGUAAUUGCAUAUUGCAACUGCUAUUUUUGGUAGAUCAACAGAAGUAUAAUAUUGCAGUGAUGCGUAUAGUUUUUGGUCACCAAGAAAGUUCACAAACUUAUUUUGCAGAAUUAGGCUAAGUGCCACCGUGGGUACAUGAAGAUUUGUUAUUAUCCAGUCAACUCACUUCCAACUGCAUAUGGUACUUUCAUUUAGCUAAUCAUUUGUAGCAUUGGAUCUAAGCUUACUGGUAUGAUAAAUGCCUUCCUGAAUCGGUGCUUUGAUGAGUCAUCUCUCACAUAUGAUUCAUUUUAACCACGCUUUGGAAGUUGCUCCAAGUUUGAUGAGUAUGCAGAUUUUUAAAUGUUACCUUGUCAUAGUUGAGGUGUUACUCCCUCUGUUCACUUCUAUAAGACCUUGAAGACGUUUCAGACAAGGUGCAAAGUAGCUCAUUUUCAGUUGUCUGAAACGACUUAUAAAAGUGAACGGAGGGAGCAGUAAUUUUUAGUACAUUUUGUUGAAUCUUGAUAGUUGAUACCACUAAUUUAGUGAUGAAUUGUACAUCUCUGGUAAUAGUAUUAGAGCAUCUACAACCAUGGAUAGCUAAUCCGAGCCCCUAUACGCCCGUGGACGCGCCCGCGGACAGUGACCGGACGGGCAUCAAAACUUGGCAUUUGCAAUGACGGUCCCCUAUUUUCAAAACAUCAAAUCCAUGCAAACACAUGCACGCCCACCAUUUUGGACAAACAUAGCUUAGUGCACACAAAUACACAUAGUUCAUACUUAAUAGUACCUAAUCCAAAUAUAGUUCAAACAUAAAUAUUGUUCAUAGUGCACAACUGAUAAAAUAAAAGACAAGUUUACUGAUUUCCAGUGUGUGUCCACAUUUGCUCGACAAGAUCAUCCAGAAGUUGCAUAUGCACUGGAUGUUCAUCAUCAUCAUCAUUUCGGUAUGAAUUUGUCAAGAUCAUCGUUUCCAUAGCCACCAUCCCACGACGAUUCCAUUGGUGAUCUAGAAGUAAUGACCAAAAGAAUAAAAAACCGGCUUGGACAUUUCAUCGAACACGUAGAGCACGGGGUGAAAGUAUGGUGGAGUUUGACGUACCGGGGUGGCGUCCUGUGGCGUCCUCUUUGUCUGGUGGCGGCCUGGUCGGCGGCGGUGUGCGCUGGGGCGUUCGGUGGUGAAGCCCUGAGUUGGGGAUGGCGGCGGAGCACCGAUAGCGGCGGAAGUCCGGUGGCGGCUGUGUGGAGGAGGGCGAAUAGAGAAGAGGAGAGGGCUUCUCGGGCAAGGAGAGGGGAGGCGGAUAUGAGCGAAUUGGCGUGGGCCCUAGCGGUCAGUCCGACGUGGUGGGCGCGUCCGGGCGUCCCCAUAUCCGCCCCAGAUUUGGGACGGACAUGGGGAGUGCCGGUCAGUCCGGGUGUUUGGGCCGGCUAUGGGGAGGCCAGUUGAGUGGCAUUUUUCCAUCCAGGCGUUUGGGGCGGGCAUGGGAAGUCCGGUUGUAGAUGCUCUUAGAUUAUGUUUUUUUGACUUGGCAUUGCUCACUGCCACCCAAGUAUAAUUUUGACCAUGAGUUGUAUCGUAAUUAUUUGAAACCGUUGGGCAAGUGAUUGGUCAAGCGGCUGGUUUGCUGGUGCAACCGAUAGUUGAAAUAGUAUAAAAAAACAGUUCAAUGAUGUUGUGUUUAAAUAUUUAUCUAAUAAUUAAUUCAGUUUUCAUUUGUAUGACAUAGUAGACCACUGAUAUAAGUUGUAGUUCUUUCUCUGGAAGCACUGAAGCGUUCUGCCACCUGGUUUCUUGGGUCCUCGGAGAGCAUUUGUAGUGGAGGUUUGAAUUCUAGCUCAGCACUAAGUUAAAUGCAAAUUUUAUUGGUAUUUUACACUAACUGGACAGGAGCAGUCUUUGGUACCGGUUUUCGCUAUUUCUACAGGCUGCCUAAUUUCAUGAAGAGUUUUGCUUGCGACAAUAUAUGUUCAUGGUAUAAAAAUUGUGAGAUUGUUAAAGUAUUUUCAUUUUCUGACCAAUCUACUUGUUCACUUAUGACUUGUGAAAUAAAUCCAAAGAUUAAAAACCAAUGUUUGAGUGCAUUCUUCCCAUGGCAACAUGUUCCACUCUCAGACCAGUUCACAAGUACGGUAUUAGCUUUCUACUCCAUUUGUAACCGGUUCUGGCAACUGAAUUUUGAGACUGGGUCAGUGGGAUGUUACCAGUACAAUAUAACUCUUUGUGGUUCCUUGUCAAACAAAGCAUUAGCUUUCAUCCAAGAUUUUUUGUGUGGAGAAAUAUUUAUCUGCAGAGCCUUGUGGAAAUCUUGAACCAGAUCUCGUUAAUUCUUUCCCUUGACUAUUGAUUGAGUGCUAAAUUAUCUGCAGUGUCGGCAUGUGAUCUGAUGUUGUUUUGGUUCACAAGGCGAAGCAGUGGAGAUUUGAGGUGUCAUUAUUCAGUUCCUAACAAAGGCUGCUUUCUGAGGCACCUUGGGUCGAUUCAGUACAUACACAUUUCUUUCUGUUGGGCUGUCUGUAGAAAGAUGCCGCACCGUGCACUAAAUGAUUUCUAGCUGCUCUUCUACCAGUAUCAAGUAUCCAAUGUGCUUAUCAGAAGUGGAGAAAAGAAAAAGAAUGUAUACUUUAUAUUUCUGCAUUCAGGCCCUCCGGAUUCUCCAGGCAAAGAGAGCAUUACUUUGUUGCCCCCGUGAUAAUGGUAGCUAAAGAUGUUGGCCUGGUGCAUUGGAUGGUUUGAACUUGCAUGCAUGCAUGCCGUACCCGGGAUUAUAUCUUGGUUCAGAAUUACUUGUGGAACUACUCUGGAGACUGUGGGACACAGGGGCAGGCAGAAUCAAAGGUAUCCCAGAUUUGUCGCAGACAUCUGAGUUUACGCUCCUGGGUGACUCUUAACUGGCUAUCUCAUUACUCAGUUUUUUCUACAAUGAUGAUGAUGCCCUUUAAACCGUGUUAAUUCAUCAUGCUGCUCAUGUGAUCAUGCCAGCUUUGAGUGGCUUGUGCCCGAGGUGCAAUUUGUUAUCUUGGUACUCGAAUAGCUCUAUCGCACUCGUGAAAGCAAAAGAUUCAAAGGUUUUGAGUGGCUUGUACACCUGAACCUGUAUGUGUUGCCUGUCAUGGAGACUGGAUAACGUGUGAACUUGGUGAAAGCCCCCCUCCCUGGAUGUGAUGGACUGAUAGGUAGCCACUUUGUUGCUUUCCUCCUACGAUAAAUACUCUCCCUUAUAGUUGGAAAACGAAAUGCAUAUUUACGCCCGUACUUCAGGGCCCUUUAUACCUCCAUUCAUGGAGGAUUUGUUGCCAUCUACACCUAAAGGCCCUGUUUGGAUUAUUGUUUUCCUUUUGAAUACCCCUGUAAAAAAUACAGGUCUCAACCCGUCGUUUUGUUUCCGGCCGGGAAUUGCUCAGUGGCUGGUGAGAUACACCUGUAAGUUGAACAGCUCUGUAUAAAAUUACAUUGAUUCCAAGCGCGGCCUAAGUGUGGAGUAAGGGGAUAUGGUGAAAUACGGUUGACCGUAA